UAGGCGGCGCUGCAUCCUGCCCUCCCUGCCCGCCCGGCCUGGGCCGCCUGGCCAGGCCGCUGCACCUCUGUCCUGUAUGCACCGCGGCCACCACGGCUGCCAAUCCCUGUUCCAACUGCCGAGUGUACCAUGCAGUGCCUGGGCACCGAGUAUCUGGUAUCUGCAGAGAAAACACCAAGGCAGAGAGAGUGGCGACCCCAGAUUUAUAGAAAAUGCACAGAUACGGUGUGGCUAAUCCUGUUCUUUCUCUUUUGGACUGGUUUGGUCUUCAUCAUAGGCUAUUCGGUGGUGGCCGGGGCAGCAGGAAGACUCCUCUUUGGCUAUGACAGCUACGGCAAUGUGUGUGGAAAGAGGAACUCCCCCGUGGAAGGGGCCCCCCUCUCAGGGCAGGACAUGACUCUAAAAAAACAUGUGUUCUUCAUGAAUGCCUGCAGUUUGGAAGUCAAAGAUAGGGGGCCCGGCCCCACAGCCCUCUGUGUAUCCAGCUGUCCCGGGGAGCAGCUGGAUACCCUGGAGGCAAUCCAGCUCUUCGCCAACAUCAACGGGUCUUUCCUGUGUGUCUACAGUUUGAAUUCCUUCAACUAUACUCAGAGUCCAAAUGCAGAUACACUGUGUCCCAGGCUCCCUGUCCCUCCAAGCAAAUCCUUUCCCUUAUUUAACCGGUGCAUCCCUCAGACACCUGAGUGCUAUUCCUUAUUUGCAUCGGUCUUGCUAAAUGACGCGGAUGCUCUCCAUCGGAUCCUAAGUGGAAUCAUGGCGGGAAGGGACACCAUCCUCGGCUUGUGUGUCUUCACAUUUGCCUUGUCCCUGGCCAUGCUGUUCACCUUCCGAUACAUCUCGACGCUUCUGGUCCACAUCAUCAUCUCAUUGGUCAUUUUGGGACUGCUGUUUGUCUGUGGUGUCUUAUGGUGGCUGUAUCACGACUACACCAACGACCUCAGCACAGAAUUGGACACAGAAAGGCAGAAUAUGAAGUGCAUGCUGGCCUUUGCCAUCGUCACAACAGUCAUGACAGUCGUGCUCCUCAUCUUGAUUUUUACCCUCAGAAAGAGGAUGAAGUUGACAGUGGAGCUUCUCCAAGUCACAAACAAAGCCAUCAGCCGCUGUCCUUUCCUGCUGUUCCAGCCACUGUGGACAUUUGUCAUCCUCAUUUUCUUCUGGGUCCUCUGGGUAGCUGUGCUACUGAGCCUGGGGACUGCCGGCACUGCCCAGGUGAUGGAAGAUGGCCAAGUAGAAUAUAAGCCUCUUUCAGGCAUUCGGUUUAUGUGGUGGUAUCAUUUAAUUGGCCUCAUCUGGACUAGCGAGUUCAUCCUUGCAUGCCAGCGGAUGGCUAUAGCAGGAGCAAUGGUUACUUGUUAUUUCAACAGGAAUAAAAAUGACCCUCCUGCCCGGCCAAUCCUUUCGUCUCUCUUCACGCUCUUCUGCUACCAUCAAGGCACUGCGGUGAAAGGGUCAUUUUUAAUCACUGUGACAAGGAUCCCAAGAGUCGUUCUCAUGUACAUUUAUAACACCCUGAAAGAGCCGCAGCAGAGUGCGUGGUCAAGAGGUGGUGAAUUCAGACUCAGCUACUGUGGGCUGCGGUGUCUCACCAGAUACCUAUACCAUCUCAACCAGAAUGCAUACACCGCAGCUGCCAUUAAUGGGACGGAUUUCUGUACAUCAGCAAAAGAUGCGCACAGAAUCAUAGCCAAGAAUUCCAGUCAUCUCACAUCUGUUAACUGCCUUGGAAACUUUGUCAUUUUUCUGGGAAAGGUGCUGGUGGUGUGCUUCACGGUUUUUGGAGGACUGAUGGCGUUUAACUACAGCCGCGCGCUCCAGGUGUGGGCCAUCCCUCUGCUGCUAGUUGCCUUUUUUGCCUACUUAGUGGCUCACAGUUUCCUAUCUGUGUUUGAAACCAUGCUGGAUAUUCUUUUCCUGUGCUUUGCUGUGGACCUGGAAACAAAUGAUGGAUCAUCAGAGAAGCCAUACUUUAUGGGCCCAGAGUUUUUGAGUUUUGUAAACCGUACCAACAACUUUAACAAUUCAACGUCUCAAGGACACAAGGACUCAUCACCAGAUGAAGAGGGGACAGAACUCCGGCCCAUCGUGAGAUAGGGGCCAAUAGACAUUUGUCCCCUGAAGAACCUAACUGUGCUCUGACUACACUGUGACACCAAAAAGGACUACAGCUAUUUUCACAUGAUCUAGAGCAAGAAAGAUAAUGUUAGGCCGGGCGUGGUGGCGCACGCCUUUAAUCCCAGCACUCGGGAGG